AUGAGUAUCCAACACCAGUUCCCUGAUGUGCACUGGGUCUGGAAAGGAGGCAUCUCCUUCGUGUAUGAGGUCCAUUCUCGCAUCGUGGUUAAGGUCCCAAAAUCCGGAGAAUUUGAGGAAGAGCAAUUUCGGAAGAAAGUUAAGAUUUAUCAGAUCUUUUCGCAACAUCCGCCCUGCCCUUCCAUAGUGCAAUGUUUCCUUUACGCAGACAACGGCAUUUUCCUCGAGUACAUGCGAGAUGCGUCCCUUUGUUCUAGAAUACAAGACAAUCAUAUCCGAGACCAGCAAAGUUCGAUUGUUACCAAGGUGGAAAAGCUGGAAGCUCUACCCCUACGAAAGGAAUGGAUGAACGACCUUGCUCAGGCGGUCGCUUUCCUCGAAUCGCUCAACCUUGCCCAUGGCGACCUACGACCUGAAAAUGUCUUGCUUGAUCGUAAUCGAUUGAAACUGUCUGAUUUUGAUUACACGGCGGUAAUCGGGUCAGACUUCGAAGCUUGCAUUGCCCCGUACGGCCGAAUACUCAGUAGCAGGGAGCCGGACCAAGGACGACGUGGAACUUCCGGCUUCCUGGGUCCUCGAACGGAGCAAUUCGCCGUCGGUUCCUUGUAUUACCUGAUAAACUACGGCUUUGAAGUUUAUGGAGAUCGAUGUCUUACCGAGGAUCCUAGGGAGCAUAGGCCUAAGGUCGUGGACUUACUACAGAACAUGGAAUUUCCGAAGCUAGAUGGUGAUCCACUAAUUGACAAUAUUAUCGACAAAUGUUGGCACAACAGGUAUGCCACGAUUGCGGAGUUGGCUGCAUACACAGAGACGCUCCUCCCUGGAAGAACCAACGAGAAAGAGAGCAAUGGCGAGGCAACCAACCACGAAGCAGUCAAUAGCGGAGAAUCGAAUGACCACAACUGUGAUAUCGAUCAAAACGCAGAGGAUUUCUCUUCGAGAAAGGCAUACUGUCAGGGCCUGGAGAAGCGUGGACUUCUCCGUAAGCUUUCAUCGGGAGAGCCUGAGCGACUUGGAUUCACUCUUGAGUGGUAUAGGCACAGUUGUGGGUGA